AUGAGAUCUAAAUUGUUCAAGUAAAUUAUUUAUAUUUUUAGUGCAAUAUAUUAAGUUUUAUAAUUUGAUAACUAAUCUAUAUAUGUUAGCAUGGCUCUAUCUUUUAUAUAAAUGUUUUAGUUAAUAUAUUUAGCCUUUGCAUUAAAAACCUCAUAUUUAUGGAAUAACACUUAGUUAACACAUACAAUUACAUAAUUUUUAAGGUAAAGUAAUAAAGUGAUCAAAUAGCUACUUUACAAUUUUAUUGCAUAUUGUUAAUACUGAUUUCUCAAUAUUUUUAGCCUUUUUGUAUUUCUUCUUCUCCAUUGUGCUCGUCACUAUAAUGUUGCUAUUUUUAGUUGGUAUAUUAGACAAAGAUGCCCCAAUAAUUUUGAUUAAAAUACUUGGCUAUCUAUUGAAAUUUUUAUUGACUAUAGGUUAUUUUCCGCUUAUGCAAAUAUUUUUUGGAGUAAGUCUUCUUCUUGAAUAUUAUAGUAUUUGGCUUGUCAUGAGAAAGAUGGUAUUUAAGUAAUGGUUUAUUUAAAUUCUUAAGUUUGUUGGACUUUCGAAUAUAGUAUUCACGCUAUUUUUGCAAUAUUGAGUUUAAUUUUAAGCUAGGGCUUAAUUAGCAUAGUUUCAUUAAUUUGUUAUUAAUCAAAAAAAACUUAAAUGAACGCUUUUUCUCAAAGGACGGGAAGACCUUAUUCGUUUUAUCAUUAUUGUAUACUGAUUAAUAUAAUGACAUAUCAACUUUUGGAAACUCCUUAAUACAUAUCAGUAAUUUUAAUCGUGUUUUUAAUAAAUAGUUAUUUGCUUUUUUAUUUAGUAAAGUCUACUUAACCAUUUCAUAAUAAAAAUAUAUAAACCUUAUGGGUUAUAAUAACUGCACUAAAUUUUUGGACAUCAUUUAUGCUCACCUUUGCUGCUAUACUGGAGGGCUACUACUUCAGAAAGUCUUUAUAUGCAUGGCUAAUUGGUAUUCCAUUUCUUACGAUAAUCAUAAUAAGAGAACCAUCUGAGUAAGUAGACUUAUUUGCAGCUAAUAUUCAUCCUCAUGAGAGUGGAGAUCACAUAAUUUAACUAUGCGAAUACUUGUUAAAUAUGAUUCAGAAUGCACAUAAUGAUCAUUAUAUUUAAUUAGAACUAGAUGCUUAUAUUGAAGUACAUAAAAAUGCUUGUCCAAAACAAGAUUGCGUUCUCAAAGCUCGUAAAUAAACAGAAAAAAAGAAAUCUACAAGAUAAGGUAAUCAAAUUUUGUUGGAUGUAAUCAAUCAAAUAUUUUUUUAUGGUAUUAAGAAUUUUCCAACAGACAUUCAUUUAAGACUCCAUUAUGCUUACUUUUUAAUGGAUUACUUGAAACUAAAGUAGUUAGCAUUAACUGAAUUGUAAUAGGCUGAAUAAAGCAAUGUUAGUUUUGAUUUUUCAUUUAUUAUCUUUAGAUUUAAGAAGAUAAUUGAAGAAGAAUUGCAAUAAUAAUAGUAAGAAAGUUCAAUUCAUUUGGAUGUUUCAAAUGAAAUGACUUUUUUAGCUUAAAGUAAAUAGUUAAUGAAUAUGGUUGAAAGAACUGCAUUAUUAUUUAUAGACUUUUGGUCUUAAUUGCAAGAGGAAAUGCCUGACACAGGGAAAUUGCUGUACUUGGGUACUAAGAUUCAAUAGUUUGCCUAAAUAGUAGAAGAUUAAUGGAAGAGAAUAAAGAAAUUGAAUUAAAAACAUAAAAAGUUAUACUUAUUGAUGGGUAAAUAUUAUAAGUAUGUUUGGAAUGAUGAAAUAAAGAGUUAAUAAAUGUUUGAGAUAGAAAAAAAUAAUAAGAAUUCAGAAUUUAAGGGACUUUACAUUUUGGAUGAAAUGGGGAAUUCAUCUCAAGCAAUUUUAGUUUGUCAAACUGAAGGAGAUCAAUUAGGAAUUAUAUAGUCAAUAAAUAAGGCAGCCUGUUCUUUAUUGGGUUAUACUAAAACAGAUCUUGUAGGUAGACAUUUAAAUAUAUUAUAACCAGAGAUGUAUGUUAUAAUUAUUUGAUUUUAGCUACUCAAAAUGGCAUACUACUAUAAUGACUAGAUUUCUUGAGAACAGUGAUCUCAACUAAAUACAAGAGGCAAAAGAAUAAGGAUGCAAAGUCAUUUUUGUAAAAAAUAAAGCUCAUUAUAUUAUUCAAUGUUUACUUUAAGUAAAGAUUAUUUAAACCUAAAAUCAAGAAGUCUACUUGAUGGCUUAAUUAAUAUAAGAUGUCUAAUUUAAACCUUAUUGUUACAUUUUAUGUUAAUCGAAUGGAUAAAUUGAGAACAUUAAUUCAAUGUGCAUCAAGGUUUUGGGGAUAGACAAUAAAAUCAUAGAAAUGAAGAGACUGAAUAUAAACGAUCUUUUCCCAAAUUUCAUGGAUAUCAAGGAAGAUUAUCAAACAAGAUAAGGUGAUAAAUUAGUAUACACACCUUCCUAAAGAUUAUCUAAGGAUUUGGACUUUAUCAAAUUUAGUUCUGAAAAUAUUUAGCUCGAUCUUCAUGAAUAAACAGUUUUUAACUGCUAGGUUACUGAAAUCAUGUUCAAUUCCUUGGCUUCUGAAAAUAUUGAGAACAGAGUGUUUGGAUAUAUAAUAAGACUGGAUUUGAUAAAGCCACAAAUAAAUGGUUUGUAAGUAGUAAAGAAAUAGUUGUAAUAACAAUAAUGGUUUAAAUUCAUACCUUAAAACAUUUAUUAAUUAGAGAAAGUAAACAUUACGGAUACUUUUGAUAACUCCGUUAAAUUUGACUCAAGUAUUAUUUGGGAGAGUGCAUAAAAGUAAUCUGACGACACUGUGACUUAAGAAUAAGUUAAAUAGUAGGAUGAAACCAAUGGAUUAGCUUAAGGGAUUAGAACUGUUCGUUUAUUGAGAGAUAAAUUAGUUGACAUUGAUGAUUAAUAACCAGAGGAAGAGGAUGAAGAAUCAUAAAAUAACUAAAUCAUAUUAGCAUAUUAAGAUGACUUAGACGAAGAACAAAGCGUUUUGUAAUUGAAUCAAAAUUACUCUUCUAAAUCUUUGAUUGAAACUGAAAUCAAAUAGUCAUUAUUACCCUCGAUUAAUAAAAAAAUGCAAAUACUAAUUAAUACAUUACUCUUGAUAAUAAUAAUCUGUAUAUUUACAGAAUACUUUUUGGGUACAAAACUUAAUGAGGAUCUUCAAAUGAAUAUCCCAUACUUGAGAUAAAAUAAUGAAAGAGUAGCAAUAUUUUUACUACUACAAUCUGUUCUCUAAGACUUAAAGUUUUUAAAUUAUGGUUUUUCACCAUUAUAAUAAAUACUUACAAAUAAUACAUUUGUUCAAAUAUAAAGAAACAAUUUCAAAAUUAAUUUAGCAUAAAUUCAAGAGUUAUAAUUAAAUUUAUCUUUAGCCGAAGUAACUUUUAUUUAAGAAUACGAAUAUUAUGAAACUUAAUUUAAAAGUUUAAAUGUGCAAAUGAAAAACUAUUAUGGUGAUUUAUAAAAUUAUACUUUAUCAGAGACUAUAGAGUAGUUGAUUUCUGUAGCCAUCAAAUUGAACAAUUCAGACUUAACUGAAUUUAAUGAUCAAAAUCCUUUAAUAUUUUACUUUGAAUAUAAUUCAUACAAUUCUUUGGCCCUUGCUUAACACAUAUCCUAAAAUUAUUAUUAUUACAAUAUACUCUCAAAGUCAUCACUAAUAGAUAGGAGUGUCAAUACUUUCCUAAUCAUUGUUUCCUUUAUGACAUUCAUUUUGUAAUUAUUUCACAAAUAUUUUUAGAUUUUUGGCUUCAUUAUGUUACUUCUAUCAAAUUUAUCAUAAUAAACUUGAAAUCAUUUAAUUGUUUUUGGAUAUUAAAGAAAAUCAAAUUAAAUAGAUAUAUAACAAUUGUGAAUUGUUUUUGACAGAUCUGUAAAUCGGAGAUGAUGAUGUACUAUAUUAUUAAUUUAAUUAGCUAAUAUCUGAAGCCGAAGAGAAACCUGUUGAAAAGGGUGAUGAGGCGGCAGUGUUAAAUUUUAGACCAAAAAGAAGGAAACAUAAGGACUCUAGUAAAGAAUUUUAGAACUAAUUGUUCAUUUCAUUCAUAUUGAAUUUGCUUAUUUUCUUUUACUUCCUAUUUUUAGAAUUUUAAGUGGAAAUCGUGGUCAGUUAAGUUCAAAGGAUAUUGCCUGUUUUAAAUCUUACUAGUUCAGCAGAAGUCUUUAAUAGAUUUGCUGAUAAUGCUUUAAGAUAAUUUAUUUACGAUCCCAGUUAUUUGAUCUAUAAUAAUAAUGGUAUUGAUGAAUUGAGAAAGAUAACCGUAUAAUUAUAUGAUAUUGAUGCCGAAAUACAUCAACUACACACAGACACUUGGGAUCUAUUCGAAGACAAAUACAAAACUGCAUUUUAUGAUAUUUUUAUUAAUAACCCAUGCUCCAUUAUUGCAUCUAUUGAAAGCACUGUUACUGAACCUGUAUGUAAUUCAUUUUAUGGUGGAAUAAUUCAGAAUGGAUUGUCGAUAGGGAUAACCAAAUUUGUUGAAGAUUUGAGACAAACAAUUCAAAACUUUGAACAUCGCAACAGCAGUCAGAAACAAGUAUUUUAUAUGACUGACGAUCCAGACUUGAACACUCGAAUGAAUUUGAUCAAUACUAUUUCAGUCACAUCGAUGAGAAGAAUGUAAAAAAUAUUUAUAAGGGCAUGCUAUCGAUAUUUAAUUUCAAUUAUGGAAUAAACUAUCUUAGAACAUUUUGACUAGACAGAUAUUCUAAGAUUGGCAGUAUUCUUAUGUAUAAACAUUCUUCUGUUAAUUGGCGUAACUUUUGUAUGGAUACCUGUUUAAUUAAAGAAUAAUUAAGAUAUUUUGAAUACUCGUUUAUUGAUUCUAAUGAUACCAUUAGAUUUAAUCUUAAGGUAACUUUAGUAUAUUUAUUAAUAAUAGAAUCAAAUCCAUUAAAAAUUAUCUAAGAAAUAAAAUUUAUCAUUGA